AGUAGCGCCGUGAUGUCUGGUGUCGGGUCAGCUACAAUUUACUGGACUCCAUAUUAAUGGAUGUCGCCUUCUAGUUAAUCCAGUAUGAAGACCGUGUCGUGGGCAGACCAUUUGGCCGAGAUAGAAGAGGAGUGCGAGGGGGAGCUGCGCGCGAUCGAGCAGCAGCGGGAGAAGCGCCGUCGAAGCCGUCCAGCAACGGACAUGACAAGGACGGCCGACAUCUGGGCCCGCCGCAGCCCCGCUCCCCCUAGCGCCAGCCCCCAGGAGGAAGGGGACAAGUGGAAAGCCGGGGUCACGGAGACCCGGAUUCCGAAAAAAACCGUGGUUGGCGCCCCCGGACCCCUGCCCCUGUCCGAAGAGGAGAAGGAGGCGUACCGGCGAGAGGGAAUUCCCGUGGAGGAAGAGGCCUCCGCUCUCGACGAGAGCCGUGCCGCCGUCGUCGAGUUGGAAGCCCUAGUAGCGGAGGACAAUGACCUUACGGUGGUCAUUGCCAACGAGAGAGCGGGGACUAGGGAGGAGUAUCCCCGCCUUCGAGGUCCUAACGGCAAAAGGCGGAGAUACAAUCCGAUGCGCCACCUCAAGGCGGACGACUUCGAGUCGGUCGUGGCAGGGCCGUCUCGUCGUCGUGACGACUCUCCCCCGGGAGCUCCGAUACGUCGCGAGGCUUUCGAGGUGGACAUUCCUUUCUACACGCCACCUCCCGCCCCGCUGAACGCCCCGCCGAUGCCACGCCUAGAGCUUCUGGACGUCGAGAGCGACUCGAGCGGGAGUCCUAGCCUGGGCGCGGUGCCCCGUCGCUACAUGGGGACGACGAGUGCGGGCUCCCGGACUCGGUCGCGAUCGUCGCGCCGGAGGAACGCGGUCAGGCUCGACGGGGUCAUGUUCGGUGGGUUGGCGCCUAUCGCGACGGACCCCGCCGUUGACCCGCCUCCACGGGCGUGCUUCAACUGCUGGAGGGUUGGGCACCGGAGGACGGAAUGCCUCCUGAAUAUUUAAUAGUUUUUAUCUGGUCUAAUUCUAUAUAGAUUUAUUCAAUUUUAAAAUUAAUUUCUGUGCGUGAAAAUUACAGUUGUAUAGCAUACAAUCGCCAGUUUACUUGAGAAACGCUUCUAAAAUAUGUAUUCAAAAGGAUAUUACAAGCUAUACUAUAAUGGAAAGCAAAAUAAGAGAAUUCCUCGAAGUACUUGGUAUUUACGGAAAAGAAAAUCAAAAGAAAAAGACGAAGCAAAGCAGCAUUUACUAAUUUUACUGUUUCUAGUAUUGAUCACUGCCAAUCUUUAAACAUUCCGGAUGCUGAAAAUGAGAUACCGUCUAAUCCAGAUGAUGUAUUGAAUGUAAAUCCGAGUGACGAUCAUCAAAAUAAUGCACCGAUGCAAGUAGAUGAACCACGUAUUGACAUAAACAAAGCUUCGGACGUAAAG